CAUGAUUGGCUCUCCAACCACCUCUGAAAAGCUUUCUUGUUUGUGAUUGGACGACUACGAGCAUGUCGUUUGAAUGACAUGUGGACGUAAAGGGCUACGGAUACGUAACGAGGACAAAUGAAGCUAAGAAGUGAGUGGGAGAUAUGAGGGAGAAGAGGAUCUAAGCUGUUAUGAAAUAUUUGAAAACUCCAUAUGGAUUCUUCAUGCUGAUCCUUGCUGUUCCCAAACUGAGCAGAGCAACUGUGCGUGUGAGGAGACUGGCAGCUCACCUCUGCAAAGCAACCAUGUCGACGAACUGCCAGGGCUCCAAUCCGUCCUCUGCAGGCAACGGGGAUGCUCCCACUGCAGCCAUUCUCAUCAUUGGAGAUGAGAUACUUAAGGGUCACACUGUGGACACAAACAGCACCUUUCUAACUAAAGCACUCAGGAAACUUGGAGUGUCUGUGCAGCGUAUAACCGUCAUACCAGAUGUCCAGGAGCUCAUUUCCAAAGAAGUGGCCCUCCUUUCUCCUCAGUAUACACACCUCAUCACCUCAGGAGGGAUAGGCCCCACCCAUGAUGACGUCACCUUUGAGAGCAUAGCCAUGGCAUUCCAAGAAGAGUUAUACCCCCACCCUGAGCUCUCCAAGCUGGUGGAGGAGUUCUUUGGGGUGGUGGAUAAAGACAGUGCUGCUAUGAAGCUGGCAAUGGUGCCACGCUCAGCCAAACUCAAUUAUGGGACUGACCCUCAGACUGGACAACUGCUACGCUACCCACUGGUCAGUGUGCGUAACGUUUACAUCUUUCCUGGAAUCCCAUCUUUAAUGGAGAGAGCCUUCAGUGGACUGGAGCAUCUAUUUGCCAGUUCAGGAACCACUUUCCACUCCCGUGAGGUGUUUGUGGAUGCAGACGAGGCAGAGAUUGCCCCCGUGCUGACCAAACUGCAGGCCGGUUGGGGUCGUAAGGUGGCUCUUGGUUCUUACCCUGAUUGGCUGAGCAACUACCACAGAGUGAGGCUGGUUCUGGACUCAGACAGCCAGGAGGAGGUGGACAAAGCCCGGACUCAGCUGCUAGAUGAGCUGCCCAAAGGAAGCGUGGUGCCCUUGGUCACUGACCCUGUGUCCAUCGCCACAGCUGAGGUGUACACACUGUCCAACAAUGGCACGCCGCUGGGUGAGAAAGUUAGGACUGCUCUGAAAACCAUAGAGGCUGCUCUGGAUCAGUAUUCAACAGAGGAAAUCUGCGUCGGCUUCAACGGAGGCAAAGACUGCACAGCGCUGCUCCAUCUGUACUACGCCGCACUGAAACGGCGAUACCCAGAUGGAAAAGACAGAGUGAAAGCACUGUAUAUACGUAUUGUUUCCCCAUUUCCAGAAAUGGAGAGAUUCCUUCAAGACACAAUUAAAAGAUAUGACUUGGAGAUUUUUUCUGUGGAGGGAAGUAUACGGCAGGCGCUGAACGAGGUGCAGGAGAGGAGGCCAGAACUGAAAGCCGUCCUGAUGGGAACGAGAAGGAGUGAUCCCUACUCUCUCACACUCACACCCAUGUGUCCGACUGACCCCGGCUGGCCAAGCUACAUGAGAGUCAACCCUUUAUUAGAUUGGACGUAUCAUGACAUCUGGUCCUUCUUGAGGACGUUAUACGUGCCCUACUGUAUUCUCUAUGACAAAGGGUACACCUCACUGGGCAGCAUGGACAACACCUGCCGAAACACAGCUCUGAAGAUGGUAGACGGGAGGGGGGUGACACGGUACAAACCUGCCUACCAGCUGGAGAAUGAAGAGGAGGAGAGAAACUCCCGUGCCUGAUGUAGCAUCACCUGUUGCUGACAAACCCUUAGUACCCGCACACAUACAACACAAUAUGGACAUUUUUUUUUUACCGAGCCUUUGUGUGAAUAUUUGAAUGAGAUUGUGAAGGAAGUCUCUGUGUGUGCAUGCAUGAGCAUUCUGUUUAUAUAUGUGAGUUCAGGCUAAAGUAAUAUCUCUCUGUACUGUUGAAUAAAACAUCAAUCUGUGUCAUCUUU